AUGGAGGCACAGUUCAUAAGUAGACACCACAAGCACCAGCCUAAAGGGAACCAGUGUUCUUCUUCUGUUGUCAAGCACAUCAAAGCCCCGGUUGAUAUUGUUUGGCGGUUGGUUAGGGGAUUUGAUCAACCACAGAAGUACAAGCCCUUUAUUAGCAGGUGCUCCACUCAGGGUGAUCUAAAGAUUGGAAGUGUCCGAGAAGUGAACGUAAAAUCAGGACUUCCUGCCACGACCAGCACUGAGAGGCUGGAACUGCUCGAUGACAACGAGCACAUUCUCGGGAUUAAAAUUGUUGGUGGUGAUCACAGGCUAAAGAAUUACUCUUCAAUCAUUACUGUUCAUCCUGAGAUAAUUGAUGGGAAACACGGAACCUUAGUUAUUGAAUCCUUUGUGGUGGACGUGCCUGAAGGAAACACUAAAGAAGAGACAUGCUACUUUGUGAAUGCUCUGAUCAACUGCAACCUGAAGUCUUUGGCCGAUGUUUCACAGCGAAUGGCAAUGCAGGAUUCAAUUAAACCCGUCAAUCGAUUCUGA